AACAUGACGGUGCUACUCUACAGAGGUUCAGAGGUUCCUGGUUCUGCUACAGGCUCUGACUUCAUCGACUAUGUUCAACCGUCAUUGCGCGAAUCAGGUAUCCUGAACAACAAGGGCACUACACAGCCACGUAACCUUGCUACUAGUGGAUACAGGUCUUUUUGAUCUACAGCCAAGGAAUUAUUUCACUGUGUGAAUGUUACAAG